UAGUCCUCACAGUACUUCCAAGAGUAGAGGAAAAAUAUGAGACUUGCUCUCCUCAUCACCCUGAAAGUAACCAGAGGGUGAGUUGCCUGGAUUUUGACUCCUUACAGAAGUUUCUGACCAAAGGAUUCAUCCGCCACUAACUACAUGGGGUUGGAGGGAAUAAAGCAGUAUUGGAUAUUCUCUUGUCUGAGAUGCAGCAGAGCAGUUUCUGGAAGCACAGAGUGAACUCAGAUGUUUCUUCUGUAGCCUCACAGGCUGAGCAGGCAGCCUGUGAUGGGGCCCUGCUCAGAAGACCCCCACCUCUGCGGGCCCUCCAGGCUCCUGGGAUUCACCAGCUUCCUCCUCAGUGUCUGCAGCACUGGAGUCAAGAGUUCUGGAGCACAUGGUUCUGGAGUUCAGGAUUCUGGAGCCCAUGUUUCCCUGCAGGGGAUUCAAGGAGGUUCUGUGUUUUUUCAUCUGACCAAGAAUCAAGAAGCUGACCCAGAGGAGGUCUCAUGGGGCUUUGGCCCUGAGUCAAACUACAGAGUCCUGCUGCGAGUCAGCCAUGGGGCAGACACCCCAACCUGGGUCAGCCUCCAGGACAAGUACCAGCACAGGGUCCAUGUGCCCAGUGUGACAUCCCUGAGGAUUGAGAACCUGACCCGAGAGGACAGUGGGGAGUACCGGGCUCGAGUUAGCUUCACUGGAGGAAGAGAACUUACCCAGGUUUUCCUCCUCACUGUCUACGGAACUGUACCCCUUCCUGAGAUCGAAGUCAAGUCAGCAUCCAUCACACCAGGCUGGUGCAAUGUCACUCUGGAGUGCAGAGCCCCAGGGGCUACAGAGGACCUGAAGGUGACCUGGGAGAUCAAGGGCCUUCCCAGGGAGCUGGAGCAGAGAGUGACAUCAGAACUACCCUCCAACUCCUGGCACCUGACUCUGAACCUGCCUCUGAGCCAGCCCGCUGCCAGCUUGACCUGUGUGGUCAGCAACCAGGUGGACCAGAAAACUGCCACCUUAGACCUCGGGAAAGUCUGUGUCUCUGAUUCACCUAGAAACAGCAGUGCUAAGACCCUGCCAGGCAUCAUAGGGGCUGUUGUGAUUAUGCUGUUGAUCCUCAUAAUUGGACUGUUCCUUUGGAAGACCUAUAAGAAGAAGAGGAAGAUGAAGACUGGAAGAGGUGUAGAAUUUCAGGGUGACCCUGGGGACAAUGAUGGUGGCAUCCAGUAUGCAGAGCUGAGCCGGCAGGGGUCUGGAGAGGUCACACACAAGGGUGUUGGUAAACAACAUUUAGAAGAAAAGGAGACUAGUACUGUCUACAGUGAGGUCUACAAGCCAGAAAGGGAGACCAUGAAGAUAACUUAAUUGGAGAAAUCAGAAGAAUCAGAACUACUAGGACACCUCCACUCAGAGCUUGAUUCCUGCAGACACCUGCCUCUCCCAGCUCUGGUCCAGCUCCAGCUGCCCCUGUGACCCUCCCGCCUUCAAGUGCCUGCGCACAUGUGGCCUUCUCACAACCUCUGUCAACUUCCCCAGCUGUCUUCCCACUCAAGAUCCUCACCCUGCAGGACGAGAGCUCUUCCAUCAUCGACCCAGCACCUAGCCCCUCUUUUCCUGAAACUUCCCAAAGAGGACCUUCCUGCACAUCAUAAUCCCCACAGCCUCUGCUGUGUGACUGAUGUGUAUCUUUCUGAGCAUUCAAGCCCAGGUGUGGAGACAGUGUAAAGAUGUUGACCAGACUACAGAGGACAAGGUUAGGCUUUGGUGCUGGGUGCUGAGUUGGGCGUCUGUGGAGGCAGCAUGGGUAGGUGGGAGCUCAUAAAGAACUGGCUUGAGGUUUCCUUUGCCCCUUAUGUCGGGCAAAAGUUGUAUGUCAGGCAGUGUGUUUGUGUGUAUGUCUAUUUGUUGGUAUGUGUGCUGGGGAGGAUAGCCUGUGUACAUUAUACAGUGGUCCAGCCCUUGUUCCUGAUCACUAGUACUAACUAACCUCAGCUUCAGCUCGUGGACCUCAAAUCCACCUCCUGUGGAGUGGGUAGAGGAAUUUGUAUUGUUUCUGGCCCUUCAAAACCUUCUGUGUCUCAGAAGGACCCAUGUUGAGAUUUGUAUUCUUAGGAAAGCAUUUUCAGGGCAUUCCUGUCUGGGGUGGGGGUCAUUAGAAUGGAACUGAAGUGUGCUACCCCCCCAACACACACACACUCUAAUGAAGCUGCUGUGAGAAGUAAAGCUUGUGGGAAGGUGUGAACCAGCCCUCUCCUGCCUCUCCUACUGACCCUCAUCUCCCACAACCUGCUGGCCUCAGAUCCUAGUCAGGCUACUGUUUGCUCACUCACAUGCUUCUGCCUGAAAUGAUUGCUCCCUCCCUGCCCCUUACUCUUGUCCCUGCCUGUUGGAAUUCUAGCAUUCCACCCAAUCCUAGACCCCUUUCCAGCUCAUAUGGUCUACAUGUACCCAAAGAUUUGGAAAUGGUCUCUCCCACAUCUAACUUUUUUGGACACAGGUGACAUAACCAAUUUGGCUGCCAUAGUUUGAUUGGGUUGGUCAUCAGUUUUCCCUGCCUGCAUCACCUGGAGCUUCCUCGGGAGGGUGUCAUGGCUUUAGGAGGCCAGUGCCAAAGAGACAAGCACCUCUCUUUGUGAAUUGUCUGAGCUAUUCUUCCUCUCAACUCCAACAAGAACUCAGCAGAUUGAUCUCAAAGCACAGCAUCUACCGAAGGUGUUUCUGGUAGUAAGUCCACAAGGAAGCAAAGAUGGACGUGAUGAGCCCCAACAAUCUUGCCUGAUUCCCCAUCCUACCUCCACCCUCACAUUGCUUGAGGACCUGAUGUCACCUGCACUGAUUGUGUGGGAUCUUCUCCUCUUCCUGGGGAUCUUCCUCUCCUCAGCCUCUGUCUCCAGCCUUCAGUCCCAGCUCUUGAGUUGGAGAUGAACUCACUCUGGUACUAUGAUCUGUGUCCUUUUGUCUGUUGGCCUGCAUUCUUGAAUCUCUUGGUUUCCCACCCAGUUCAGCAAUCUCAGCUUUUUCAGUUCUGACCUCAGAAAGAAAAGUUCUGAACUAAAAUCUUGAGCAAUAAGAAGCAAUGCUAAGAUCCUGCUGGAUAAGGGAGAAGCAGAGUUUCCUUAAUAAAGCCAUUUCUAGCCGGUUUAUUGUCAGGCUGGACAGAGAAGGCUGAGAGGGAAGAAGAUGACCUCUUUCACUGGAAUCCUAGGUGACCGGUCAUGGCUGAUAUCAGUGCUAUCAGUCCAGAGGCAGUGUGACAUGUGACCACCCACUGACCCCCUCCCACCCACCUUGAUUCCCAAAGCAUAAGACAAAAAAGAAAAAAAGAAGGGAACUCAACAUUCCAAGCCUAUGUUGAACUAGCUUUUGUUCCAUGAAUUUUAUAAGUAUUAUUUCUUCUUA